ACCCCAGUCCCCAAUUGAUUCGGAUAAACGACGCUCUACUGUAUAAUGUACCAAAUUGCAAAUAAAGUCAGCCUACUUUAUUCUUUUGAGUAAAGUAUGUAAUUGAUAAUUAUCGCAAUAAUCUAAAUAUUUAUUGUUUAAGUAUUAACUCUUGUUACAGACUGAAAAAUACGGAUUCUACAUAUAACAUGAGGUUAUGUAAAAAACGUGUAUUAUAUUUUUAUAAAUUUAUCGUUUCAUUUAUAAUUCAAUAUCCUCUUAUUCGUACAAUAAUAAGAAAAUUCAACAGAAAACCGAUCAAAAUUUCGCAGUGCAAAACAACUUUAUUAAUACAGAAAAUAUUGUUUGAUAUAUUAAAAUUAAGAUAUAAAUUUAAAACAAUUUACUUUUUAAUAUUUAAGUUUGUAAUUUUAGAAAGCUGAUGUGUGUUUUAUUGGUGUGGAAGUUAACUACGAUCGUUUUCGUGCGAUGGACUUUUCGUCUGUCUUCGCAUCCUUUUCAGAAGUUUUUAUCAUCAAAGCACCAGAUAAGGUUUCUGAUUGGAAUUCUCUAACUAGGCCAUUUUCCUUAGAAAUAUGGAUCGCUGUAUUUCUGAGUGUAUUAAUAUUUGGUCUGGCCCUACAUACAGUUCUUCGAAAGGAGUUCAUUGGAGUGCAAACUCGAGAACGUUGGACACGUUGUCGAAUUUUUUGGAAUUUAUUUUGCACAUUUUUGGGGCAAGGACUAAACGUAGAAAAGGUGAAAAGGUUUGCAUCCAGAUUUAUGAUAGGCACGUGGUGGUUAUCGAUUGUUGUUCUGGUAUGUGGUUACAGCGGGGCAUUAAUGUCAUUUAUGACGUGUCCUUUAACUGAAUCCUUUCCAAGAGAUUUUCAGGAACUUGCCGUUUUUGUACGUAAUGGUAAGUACUCAUGCGGAACAUACGAAGGACUUGCUACUUGGAAAGAAAUCUUGCUGUCGAAGUCCGAAAAUAUCAGAACUAUAAAACAAAAUAUAGUAGAAAACAACAAUUUAAUGACUACGCCGAAAGCCAUUGUGAAAAUGAAUAAAGAAAAAUUUGCUUAUAUAAUGUCCAAAUUUGUAAUUGUCCAGUUUAUCAGUAAAGAAGAAAUGCAUAAAUAUGUCAUUUCAACAGAUGAUCUUGGUACCUCGCCGAUCGCUUUUCCAAUUAGAAAAAAUUUUCCAUUCAAAAAGAAUAUAACAAAUACUUAUUUUAUAGUGCACCCGAUAGAUUAUUAUUUAGGAUUCAUAAAUGAAAACGGAACCUGGACGGGAAUAUCAGGAAAACUUGCUUACCAUGUGAGUAAAUAUAAAAUUCGUGUAGCUAGAAUAAGUUAG